AUGGCGUCCUCGUCAACGUCGCCGCACAUGGGUUGGUUGAGGAUGAAAAAGAUCAAAAGAGAGAUUCUCGGCUGCGGGCUGGCCACCGACGGACAGCUCGGUGGCCGGUUCAGCGACUCCACCGUCACCCUUCCCGAGCAAAUCAGUGGGUCAUCUAGUUUUUGUAAUCAUUUAUCGAUUAUGACUUGUUCAAGAACGGAAUUAUUUCACUUUAAAGUUUUUUUCUUGAAACAGAGUCUUUUUGAAAAAAAUAAAAAAUCCUAAAAAAAUUGAGGACCUUCAAGAGUGGGAAAUUGCGAGAAAUAGAUUUAUUUUUUUCUUGAGAUAUAUCUUUUUCAUUUUUUUAUUUUCAUAAAAAAAAUAUUUAGGUUUUUUUCAGAAACGAAUUAGAACGAAAAAAAUCUUUUUUUCAAAAUUUAAAUUCUAAUUAACUAUUAGGUUUGAAGAAUGUUACAUAAAAAAGUUGAGUUGCGGCUCCGAGCGACGCUAAUGGAACGUCAGUGCGAGGAGUGGCUUGCGGCGAGAAGCAUACCGUAUUCCUGGCGGACGACGGCAAAAUGUGGAGCGUCGGCAGCAACGAAGACGGACAAGUGUGCUCCUGAAAGUUGUUGUUGAUGACCAACGUGUUCAGCUCGGCCGGGGCAACCGCAACCAGGGAUCUUUCUCCAUUUAUCCGGUGGCUCUCACCAGCGGCGUCGCCAUUGUUCAGGUCUCUGGAGUUUAUUUAUUUAUAUAUUUAUUCACAGGCAAUAUUAGAAUAUAAUGUACAAGAAAGAAGGAAAAAUAGCACAUGAACCCGAAAUAAAUAAAUGAAAGGCAAUUGAGGCCCUGAGCCAGUGAUAUGGAUGAUAAGUUCAUAAAAGUGAGAUAUACAUAACAAGUAAAGUAAAAACAUAAUAGGUAAAACAAGUUCAAAAUACGUGAAAUUGAAAAAAAAAUUAGCUAAGUAGAAAUAUAAUGAGUUAGAUAUAGCCAGUAUAGCUAAAAAGAGAUGGCUCAUAGCUAAAAUAUAUGCAUUAUAAGUAAAGUAUAAAAACUAUGAAAAUGGACACGUAAGGAGAGUUCAAAAAAAUGAAUUUAUAUUCGAACCUAGACUUCCGAAUAUUCUUUUUUUACUGUUUUACUUAUUCUUCUGGUCAUAUUUCCAAGAUAUUUAAUUUUUAUAUACUUCCAAGAUGAACUAUUAAAUAAUCCGCCGGGGUUUUCAGAUUUAAAAAAAUUAUUAGGAAGUGGUUUUUUUAUUGAACUGAAAGUUAGAGAAUUUUAUAUGAUGAAAAAGUUUCAUAUAAAGUAUAUAGAGAAAAGAGAAAAAUUGUAAAAUGAAAAUUUCGAACAAAAAUAAAUCUGGAAGUUAUGUAUUGGGCCUUUUUUUCUCUCAAAGUUAAUUUGAGGAAGAACAUUUUUUUUAAGCAUAUGGAUUUAGGAAUCUUUUAUUUUGACAAUUUUUUUCCAGCUCUAUGAAAUAUAUUUCUUUUCGAAAAACUUAUAAGAAAGUUAUUCUUUCUAAAAAAAUUUAGGUCGAUUUUGUAUUUUUCUUGUUUUUUUAAAAAGAAAAAAAGAGUGAUUAUUGAGAAGACUGAAAUUGAUGAAUGGAAUGAAAUUCGAAGAAGUUUCGCGGUUUAUUGAGGUUUUUGUGUACCUUUUUUCGUUCAAAGACGGUCCUCAAAUCCGUAAUGCAAACAGUUAGCGAAGAAAUCGACACUCAAGAUGCGAACUUAAUAAGACUCAUUUCAAAAAGAAAAAAAUAUUGGAGAAAAUAUUCAAGAAUAUUUUUCUCAGAUUGCCGCGGGACGAGCUCAUUCUCUAGCAGUCGGAGAAGACGGACGACUUUUCGCCUGGGGCUGUAAUCGCCAUGGACAGUUGGCCUUUCCCAGCGACGUUACCUGUCAGGAAGCUCCAAAGUUGGUCCUGAUUUCGAAACAAAAGAAGAUAUGUUGGAAAAUCCAGGCGGAUCCCGACGAUAAACGAAGUUAUCCAGGUGGCGACCGGCCCGGAUCAUUGUAUCGCCCUUCUUGACAGUUGGUUUUUGACGUUUGAUUCAACUUUUGUUUAAAAAAAGGACAAGAAGAAUAAAUACAGAACACUUAUUUACUAGUUGACUCGAAUUCAGGCGGCCGCGUUUUCGUUUGGGGCGAGCAGUUUGACGGAAAAUGUCUCCAUCAACCACUGGAAGUUGAAGACCUCGUUGGGAUUCCCAUCGUUCGAGGUGAGACGAUGCUCCGAACCACGCCCGAUAAGUGGCUACUUUAGUUGCCGCCGGCGGUCGACAUUGUGUCGCGAUUUCGGCCAGUGGCGCCGUCUACACCUGGGGACACAACGACAGUGGACAGCUUGGAGUCGGAGACUUUUUACGUGCGUUUCUUGGAGUCUCGUUAAAGGAAAAGGCAACAAACUGAGAAAAACUUAAGUGUCCACUUAAGAUUAUCCUCAAGGACUUUUGGAAAACUAAGGUUGCCUCUGAAACCAUCUCUAUGGAAGUCUCUCAAAUUUUAGUGGUCUGGUAGUACCACUCCGACCUCGAGGAAGACAGAAUCAUUCGAAAUCGAAAAAUGUGUUACAAAUUUAGUAUAAAAUUAUUUUAGUGGUCGUACUACGUUAAACCUCGAAGUUUUCAUGAAUGAACUAUAAACCAGCCAAAUACAGCCCGAGGACGACCAGUCUGUGUCGAACAACUGAACGGAAUGAAGGUUGUCGAAGUGUCAUGUGGAGACCAACACACAGUGCUUUUGACCCAUUCUGGUCGGAUAUUCGUCUUCGGAUCCGAUUAUUUUGGACAAUGCGGGUGUGGUAAAAAGUAGAGCUUAAAAAAAAAGAAAGGAAAUCAAAUUUUAUACUCAGAGUCGAAAAACGACCGAAUCCUGUCGUUGUCGACGAGCUUAUGGGCAGUUACGCAACCAGAAUCUGUACUGGAAGGUAUAGCUUGGAGAACAUUUGUCCCGUAGAACUACCUCUUUGAAAAGGGUCGACCCGGCUUUUUGCCUUAUUUUUUGCGAAGAAACCUGCGCGUGCUUGGACCAAGCUUUAAAUAAAAUGUUUAAGUUCGAUCAAAACAUUAUUUUCAUCAGUCAAAUCAAAGGUUUCUGUUGGGUUUUUUUAAUCAAAAACAGAAAAAGAGAUUUUUUUCUCGUGAAAAAAAGGGUUGAUACUUAACUUGAAGAAAGUUUGCGCUCUCGGCCGUUUUGUUCGAAGCCUCGCUGAGGUCGGGCUUAGAAAAAUACUGAGGGCUGACGGGCCGGCCCCCGCACAAUCCUGAAACGUGGCGUGGUUCAUUAAAGCAAACUUUUAUGACUCAAGAAUUGACUGCAAUGAAGUUUUUUUUUCCAAGAUGCCACACUUUGGCCCUCGUCCAAGGAUCCCCCUACUUUUUCGGCAUGAAUUCGUCGGGACAACUCGGAAACGGGACUCUGAAUUCGGUGGGCAGGCCACGGAAAAUGGACGAGCUGGACCAUGUCGAGGCGAUUUUCGCCGGCUGGGAUCAGACUUUCUUUCUGAGAGCUGUUCAUUCCGAGGUGGCGUAGAAUUUCUUGAGUCUCGGUUAAAAGUGCUUAGGAAUGCUAGAGCGAUCCCUAUUGGGUUAGAAGAAAAACGAUCCCUAUAGGUAUCACUCUGGCUUUCUUGAGUAGUUAGAAAACAAAAAUUAACGAAUUCUCAUUAACGAACAACAAAUUCGUUUAUUUUCAAAGUUUUAAUUAAUCCACAUUCUGCGGUUGAAGUCUCCGAUUUUUCGGAAACUUCAACCGCAGAAUUUUUUUCAGUUUGCCUGGUUAUCGACUUCUCUCUUUUCUCUUACAGAACCACGUGCCUGGACCGAACCUACCGCUGAAAGUGCCGCAAUUUUUGAACAAAGAGAAAGUCGCCGAGUUGCUUAAUCAAAGUGCUGCGAAAAAAUUGCAAUUGAUUGGGUGAGCUUGAAGAAAAGUCCAAUAGAAAGAAUGAUGUCACACUUAUUUAAAUAAUAAAAAUCCUUGUCGACAAAUAAAAAAAUUUAUUCUAUUCUUAAAACUGCCAAAUUAUAACACGGAAGGCCAAACUUUGCUUUGCGAUUUUCCUCAAAAUUGACCAGAACGUUAUUCGAGGAAACAGAUGAAGAUGCUAAAAGUUUCAACCUGCACAACUUUCUCGUUUUUCAGAAAAAACACUUCAAAUUCAGAGAAAACCCCAAAAUCCGUUGGAAUUGGCUAUUUUGGAGCUUUUAGUUCUCGAAAACUAGGAAGUUUUACUUCACAAUCUUUUUUCGGUAUGUCAAGGUUCUGACCAACUUGAGGAAAUUUCUAACCGCAAAGUAGAAAGAACCACAUUUAAAUUCUAGAGGAUAAAAUGGAUGUUUAUCUUUCUUGGUUUGUCUGAUCUUGUGCAAUCAUUUUAGGCUGAUCGAGUCCGUUUUCUCGUCGUUGAGCUGUUUGAACGGCUCCUUCAUGUGGGCUAAUGAGCGACGGUUCAGCGUCGGAGACCGUAACCCAGGUCUCGACCUCGACCAGGUCAUGGACACGUUCAACCUGUUGGCCGAGAGCUCCUCCAGCCAACAAUUCUCCGGACUGGUUCGUUUUACGCUCUAUUGAAUCAUGGACGAAGUGUGCUUUUGAUGUGUCAAAUGACCAAUCAACUUUCUCUGACUUUUCUCAAAAAUUUUGGUGGGGUCGUGACGGAGAUCGAACUUUUGACGUUCUGAACCGUAGAAAAACACAAAACUUGUUGCGCUAUCCAUUUAAUCUAUCGGUUUAUCUUUGUAAAAAUUGCGAAAUCGAAAGUUGAAAUUAUAGAGAAGAAAAUGUAUUUUUGUCCUGUUUUGAUCGCCUCUUCCUAUUGCUGUCCUAUAUAGUUUGAUAAAUACAAAUGUAAAACCUGAACCCAAAUGGCGCAGAACAAGUCUGCGCCUAAUUUAGUUAAAAUCGAAAAGCUCUAGACAACGGUAAAUUACCGAUCAAUAUUGGGGUGAAAACCUGUUAGACCCUACUCGGACCUUGGUAACCCAAAGCGGACACGCUGGAUCCCUUAAGUGUGCUGACGCUACUGAAGGGGUUUUUAUCGUGUCAAGACCCAUUUUUUGUUGGCUCUAGCCAGCCGUGAGUCAGCUAUAUUUACAGACUAACACUCUUUCAUAAAGAGGUGAUAGAGAUAGAUUUUGUACAUUAUAAUCAAGACUUAUGCUUAUAUAUUUAUUCAAAUGCUUAUGACAGAGGUUUUAGCCCUUCUGAAUAGUUUAGUAGUUUUCGGCUUUUCAAAUGAAAGAUUUGAACCAGAGACUUUUCGGAUACUAGAAAUGAAUCUUACCGUCUGAGCUACGUUUCUUCUUUGUCUACUCGUCGCAAUGAGGAACCAUAGAUUUUUUUUUUCAGAUUGUCGAGAUGCUGGACAUGUCUUUGUUCAACGGUGUCAACUUCUCGAAGCUCAAGUCACCGGAAAGCAUCCGAUGGGUCCUCAUUCUUCCGUGGCUCUCCGCCUUCACCAACAACGUCACGCCGGCCACCAUCAAGACUCUUCAUUUGCCAUUCUCCAAGACUGUUUUCUCGCUCCUCGACUCUCAUGUACAAACUCUUUGUGAGUUUUUUGGAAAAAAAAAAAUGCUGAGCAUUAGCACGAGAAAAAAGUCCGUAAAAGAUUCUUUUGAUGGUUUUGCUCCGUUAAUGGUUUCACUUUCAACGUUUAAGUGUCUUAACUGAAAGCUACCCUUUGAAACUUUCAUUCAGACUGAAGUCUCUUCAGAGAAGAUUCUCUGCUGAAUCAUGGUAUAUUUGAAGAGUUUUUUCUCUACUCGCGAAACUAUUGUUGAUCAAGAACUGUGCAUAGGCCUUUUUUUGCUAGUAGUAAUCGAGGUCGAGCGUACUGACGAUGAGCUUCUUCGCCAUGUAGGAACAGUACGGCGACCAGUCUCUCCAGGGCUGGCGGACGUCGGUUCAAAUACCAGACGAGAGCGGAAAUGAAAACCGACCACUUGGAAGAUAGAAAUGAGAUGGUCACAAUGUAAUGCGGCUAUGUAGAAACUACUCACUGAGCCUUAAUUAUUUAACCCAUGUGUACAAAAAGUAGAUUAUAAAGUAGAUUUGAAAUUUGAAGCGUCUUCAAUGAUUUUCCUAACGUUUUUAUUUUUAUUCACAGGAUUUUUUUUUUCGCAGUAAACUGGUGGAGUAAGCUGCCAUUGCGGCAUUUCAAUCGGAUCGUUUCGUGCUUUUUGACCGCCGUCAGGACGAUCGUCGUCGCGAAAGGCGGCAUCACAGAAUGCUUUUAUUACCUCCGACUACUCGAAAUGCUCAACAAGAUUAAUCAGGUUUCCCUGCAAAUUCAAAGCCUGAUGCAGACUUGUGCGUUAGGCUGGGCUGGCCCGGGCUCAGACUAGGUCAGACUCCGAAUAAAGUUUUUGAAUAUUAUUAAAAAAAAGGUUCCAAUUAAAAAAUUGUCACCGGAAAAUUCUUUUCACUUGUUAAACAAUAGUUGCUAUCGGUUUAUGAAUGAAAAAUAACCGAAAUCGUGAUUCUCGUCGUAGAAUAGUCUGAAGCUUGUAUUGGAGGAAACUUGCGUUUUUUGGGCCGGGUAAUAGAAAAUGGCCGUGGCUGACUGUGAAAAUGGCCGUUGCCUGAUUUCGCACAAGCCUGCCCUAAGUAACCUAAAAUUUUCAGCGUUUUCACAUUAUACCAUUGGAAAGCUUUUACAUUAACGAGCUGUCGGAGUUGUGCAACUUGAAGGAUGACUACUGCCAGUGGGUCGUCGAUCAGAUUCAGGUCACUUUUGGACUGAUCUCGAGAUUUUUUUUUUUUUGAAAAGUCGCUGGCCGGCUGAGAAGUUGGAAAAUACUUUUUUUUUCUAGAAAAAAUACCUCUCUCCAUUUUUUUCUUCAAUAUCUUGCAAAUUUCAGACCAAGGGACAGAACAGCCAACGAUUCUGGUCAAAUUGUCCGUUUUUGCUCAACGCCCAGGCGAAAAUGGAGCUUUUGCGAGUAGAGGCCCUCCUCAUGCAACAGGUAGCGAGAAUUUUGUAUUUUGAAUGUUUUUUUUUCUUGCAGAUGAGUGUUCAAAAUUCGCGUGCCAUCAUUUUUGGCACGAUGGUGUACCACGAAAUGCCGAUUUUGGAGCUCAUCGUCCGACGAGAAUCGAUCGUCUCGGACACGAUGAACAGAAUGAACUCGUUGUCGACCUCGGACCUUCAGAAACCUCUCAAGGUUGCGUUGGAGCGAAGUUGAUCAUGGGGAAAUGAGCUCUAACGAUGACUGUUUCUGAUUUGAAGAAAGAAAAAAAAAGCUAAUGUGCAUCAAUUUUAAAAUCUGAACAGACUGUAAAAUUUCGCAUGAAGACCUACCUCAGAGUGACAGUUAUUUUUUGGCUUUUUUUAAGUUUUAUUGAAGGGAAGGCUUUUUUGGAGGAGAUUUUUUAUGUUUUGAAUUGAUUCCGUAUAUUUUCUUCUCAAGUUAAGAAGUUUCUUCUUAUUUUUCAAAGCUUAGCUUUUUGGGAAGAGUUCCAUUUGAGUAGCAUGUUUCAAAAGUUUUCUGAAAAUUAAAUUUCGAUUUUUUUUUAAAAAAAUUUUUUCGUUAGUAUUAAUGCCGUUUUCAAAUUAAUUUCCACGAAAUCCAAAAUUGCCUCUGACUCUCCAAAACUUAGUUGUCUUUUUCACUUUCUUACCCUAUUUUGAAUUUCGCGGAAUAUCUUUGGACAUGGCAUGCUUUGAAACCUUCUGAAAAUAAAAGGCGAAAUGAGCAGAUAAGAUCCCAAGCAGUGUAACUUUUUUUCUGCCUUUUUUGCUUUUCUCUGUGAAGAAACAUUCCAUCAGCUGUUUUUUCUUCCGUGUAUCGGUGUGACUGUUUUGCUUGGAACUGCCGACGAUGGCAAUUUCCAAUCGGACGAAAAUAUCGUGCGAAGCGAUCUAAUCUCUGUGCCUCUGCCCCUUCUCUUCCGAAAUUUGUUCCCAUGUGCGAAGAUUCAGAUCAAAAUCGUGGGCGAGGAAGCCGACGACGCGGGCGGCGUCAAGAAAGAAUUCUUUAUGAUCGUCAUGCAGAAAAUUCUGCAGCCCGAGUGAGUGUUGGUGACUGUGAAAAGAAAGAAAAAAAAGGAGAAAAAUGGAAUAAAGGAAUAAAAUAUAAACUGCUGAAAAAUAAGAGACUUGAAGCUAAAUAUUGUGAACUUCGGAUCAAAAAUUUAAAAAAAUGAAACCUUGAUUUUCUGCUGUAAAUAUUUGAUGUAAAAAAAAGGUCGUGGCUAUGGGGAAAAGUGAAGAUAACAAAAUUAAACAGAAUUUAAUCGAUUUCGGAUUUAAAAUCUUGGAAUGCCCAGUGAGAAACCUUGACGUUUCACUCUAAAGACUUCUUUUUCAUAAAAUAGUUGUUAGCUUGAAGAAAAAAAGGUAAGAACGAAAUGGAGAGCAAACGAGAAAAUGAGAGGCAUAAUAUUGUUUAUUUCGAAUCAAAAACAUUGAAAUUUUGGUUGGCUAAAAGCACAACUACUCCAAAAUUACUAAGAGUUUUUGAGUCAUGCACCAGGAAUUGUAAAUUUACAUCUAUGACCUCAGUAUAAAACAUCUCCGUUGCUUCAGAAGAGUUAAUGUCAAAUAUUUUCUAUGAAUCUUACUUUUGUAAUGCCGAAGUCAGGCUUUAUCACCAGAUCAUUAGUUCGGAAACUUAAAUAAAAAAAGUUUUAAAAUGACUUUUCUAGUGAAACUUGAGUAGACACUUUACAGUUUUGAUUGAAGAUACGGCAUGUUCGUAGAGGAUCCCGACUCGCAUCUCGUCUGGUUCAGCGGAUUCGCGCCCCCGAUCUGCGAACAUGAGCAAUUCCAUCAGUUGGGCCGACUCUGCGGCCUCGCCGUCUACAACCGCGUCCUGGUCGCCUUUCCCUUCCCCUUGGCACUUUACAAGGUGCACCUUUUUUCCGAGUACUGAGACAGGGAAAAGAGAGAACCUAGUGGGAAUGGCGACAGAGAAUAUGAAAAUUGAGGAAAAUUCAGUUCAAAAUGGAACUCGGAACCAUUCCAUAAUUAUCGAGAUUCGAAAUAGCGUCCUGCUCGUCUUUCUCUUAUUUUUUGAAGUAUUUUAACAGGUACCAGUGAAUGGUAUUCAGUCCAAGUGGUGCCGAAAAUGUUCAUUUUCUGACAGUUUGAGACUUUUAAGAUCUUUAUCUAGUAAAUCAAAGAGUACAGGAGCGAGUUUCCAGGAAGUUCUAAUGUGUUUUGCGAAGUUAUCUUUUCCAAGAGACCAACUAGAAAGGAAAUUUUUUUCUAGUCUCAGCUCACAAGAGAACUUGGGCUAGGAUCAACGGUUCUUGCUGAUUCCGGAACUCAAAGUUCUGAAACAGUUUUUUCGAUCAAGCUCUUUUUUUUUGAAUUUUGGACAGAAAUAGAUCAUUUUGGUGAAGAUAACUGGCCUAAAAUAUGGUUUUCCCAAUGAUGCUAACAUGAUUAAGGUGUUUAGAGACUAAAAAUCCAAAUUGAGGGCUCAUAAAUUUUUUCAGAAGAUUUUUCGGCAAGUUAGAUCCUUAGCGAAACGGCAUCACAGUCUCGAAAAUUCAUCAAUACAAUUCAUUUAUUCUUCUCCGCGGGCAUUCUGUAGCGGCGAAAGAAUUGAACCAAGUUCACCAACCGAAUAUUCAUGACAUUUUUCCUUGCAGACCAUUUUGGAACAACCGCUGACGAUCGACGACCUCUGCGAACUGUCGCCGGUCGAGGGGAAAAGCCUGCAGAGUCUGCUCGACUACGAAGGCUCCGACUUCGAGGAGACGUUCGGCCUCAACUUCACGAUUGCUUUUACGACGCUCGGCGCGACGGAAGUCGUUGACCUCAAACCCGGCGGCGCCAAUAUCCCCGUCACCCUGAAUAACCGUGCUCAAUAUGUCGAUGUCAGUUCUCAAUAUUAUGGAGAUUUAUCGCUGAUUAUAGUCAUAUUUCACGGUUUGAAACGGUGUGGCAUUUUCGAUUCGCUUGAAAAGCGGUCGCGAUGCGAUUUUGGAAAAGUUAUCUUUUAUCAAUUAAAUUGAAAAUUUUAGCAAGGAUAAUGCCUUUUUAAUUUUUGCUCAAACUUGGCGAAGUUAUACUUUUUGGAUCAGCUGAUUCUAAACAGAAAUAAUAUCGCAUUUUCCAAGUUUGCAAGCUACGGAGGUUGUGUGGGAAAAGCUUUUCAAAGCUUUUGGACUCGUCAGAAAUGCGAAGUUCCGGAGAUUUUUUCCUUGUUUACUAGGUCCUGAGUUAUACUUCAGACGAGUUUGAUUAGAAUCUCAAUCGAAGGCUGAAAAAUCUUUGCUUGUAGAACGUUUUGAAUGGUUUUUGAUAUUAUUGAGAGGAAGCUUAAGAAUAAACCCGAAAAUGCCGCAUCUCGACUUUUCAAGCCAUGCCAAAUGAACUGCCAAAGCUUCAAAUAGAUGGUUUGUUUUUAUGUUUUCAGCUCUAUGUGCAACAUCGGCUGGCUCUGGGCAAAGAGAACGAGAUCAAGACCCAAUAUGGGCAUUUCAAGCGCGGAUUCCUCGACGCCAUACACAGCCGAAUCUUGAGCUUCUUCCAGCCGCGGGAACUCAUGGAGAUGGUCGUCGGCAGCGAAAACUACGAUUGGACCGAGUUCAGAAAGGUUUGUUGAAAGAAUUUUGAGCGUUUUGGCGAGGUUGGAAGCUGAAGGUUCUAGAGUAUUCCAGGUUUUUUUAAUAAAUAUAUUUAAUAAUAUACGAAUAAUAAAAAAACAAAGUGACGUAAUUUUUUUCACUGACGUCACCUGGCUCCCCAGAUACUUCUUUAGAUGAGGUCAGAUGAUGCAUUUUUUUUUGAUAAACUAGUCCCCAACGAUGAAAAAGUCAAUUUAGUUUUGUGUGUGUAUUUUUCUCCAUUUUUUGUUUUUUCACUUCUCGGACCAAUUUUUUCGAGCCCUGUGUCUGUGAGAGAGAAAGAGAGAGGGACGGUAUUUUUCCUAUUAUUUUCCCCUGUCUUUUUGCGCUCCAACGCAAAAACGAUUGCAAUUUGGCGAGAAAGAGGCGAGAAAAAUCCGGUUUCUGUGAGUACCCCCUUUCCACUGAGAAGACGUCGACGAUGACGGCGACGACGGCGGCGACGGCGAAGGAGAAGACGUGGAGAAUCAGAAGAGAGGAGAGAAAGUUGACGAUGGGGCAUAAUUGCUGCUAGGAGCGACGAAGAAUCGCAUUAAAUAGAAGAAGGAAGAGCGUACUGUAGUGAUUUUCGACUGUUCCGAUGGCAUCUUGGAAAUUUUUUCCUCUCUUCAUUUUUUGAGGGUAAAAGAGAAAGUUUUGGAGGCAAACAAAAUUCGUUGGAGGUCGAACUUUUCACGAGUUUUUUUUUGCUUUUGAUGGCGAUUUUUCGAGUUGAGCGAAUUUUACGUGGCCAAAUGGCAGGAGGACGAGUAGAAUGGGUUUUUUCGACCUCCAUCCACUUUAAAGCUACAGAUUUUUCUAACUUUUUCAAGUUAAAGUUUCGUGAGCAAACGAAUAAAGGAAGAGUUUUUUGAUCUUUCUUCUGGAAAUGGCAAGUAUAACGCGGUUUUAGCAUGGUCAAGUGGACAGAAAGGGCGAGUAGAGUUAUAGUUUUCAUUCUAAAAAAGGUCAUUGGUAAACGGUUUAUGUGUUUGACUCAGUCUAUUUAAAAAUUCUACCUGUGGUUUUUGAAGGAGCAAAGACAGUUUUUUCUGAAGGUGAGAGGGCCCUUUCUCAAUGUUAUUUCAGAUCAACCCAGCCUUCUUGGAUUUCAAAAAGCUUACUAGAGAAAGUUUUUGACACCCUGUUAAACUUUCUAUGAAAAAUUACUCAGGUAUACUUUCGGACCUCCUGAAUUCAGGAAAAAACAAAUUCUCACAUUAUAUCUUUUUUUCGGGUCAACCUAUUUCAAAAACAAGAUUUUGUCAUAAUUUACAUGUUUUUCAAACUUUGAAAAGCUUCAAAGCUUCAUAAAUCGAAAACAAGAUCUAUUGCGAGAAUUUUUCUUCUUGUUUUGGAAUCAGGGCUCCAGAAAAGUGCAUUCGGUGACUAAAAAAACUUUCCUUUGUUAGUAGAGCCUUUUUUGGACAUACUUCAUAUUUUGGAAUUUUCCGAGUAUUUUGCUCCCCGAGUCUUCAGAUGAUUCAUGCCGAAGCGUGCAUGUAGCGCCGACGGCGGUCAGGUGCUCGUCUGAGGAACUUUUUAUUUGUUUGCCUCUCUCUUUCUCUCUUUUCUACUGGACCUUCAUCAUUUCCACCACCACCACGAAGACCAUCAUCGGAGGUCCGCUCAAAUUGCAAUUGUCAACACAAAAACGGGGCUCUGUCUCUGUCUCUUGUUGAGUGCGCUUUUCUUCUGCUUUUUUGUUUGUUUGUUGGUUAUGAGGGUGUUGUUUGAUCUGUAUGUGAAUGAGUGACCAGCCGUGAUCUUCUUUAUUAGUUUAACGAAUUUAAAACUUCUUUGGUUUUCAUAUGAAUCUUAAAAUUUGGAUACUCUGGGAUGUUCUGGUUUGAAGAAAAGGUUGAAAGAGUCGUCGGGGAACUGGAAAUUUUCGGAAAAAUAGCAUUUGAAUUAAAAUAAUAAGUGAAAAAAACCGAUUGAAAAAUCCUUAAUUUAAAAAAAUUUCAGUUAUGGUUCGAUAUUUUUUUGAUCAAAUAAUGAUCGAACAGAACAAACAUAUUUUUUUUCAUUAAAAAAAUUGACUGAAAAACGGUUGAUGGGAAUGUUAGAGCCAAUAAAAAAUGGAGGAGAUCGUCAUAUUGAAUACAAGUCCUAGCAAUAGAGUUAGAAUUAAAAAAAAAAAAUGGUUGAGCAAAAUUUGAAAAAAAAACGUAAAACAGGAAAGAAUCAUUAAAAAAAUUCAUUUGUAAAACUGGGGAAAGGAGAGAAAAAUAUAAAAAUAAAGGAAAAUUGAUGACAAAAACGAUAUCACAAAAAUUGAUUCACAAAGAAAAAACGAGGAGUCACAGUAAUCUAAACACGAAAAGCUAGCGAUGAAUCGAAAUUUGCCGGUAACAAUGAAGAACUAAAAGCGAUGGGCUGGAAGAAUUUUUCAAAUUGAUUAGGUUUUUCGAUUUUCUCUUCUGUUCCUCUAUUCGGAAAAAAUACACGAUAAGACAGAAUCAGAACAAGAAACGAGUUAUUUUCUUCCAUUCUCGGGGUACAGGGAAAGCUCCUCGGCUGACCUUCGAAGUGUGGGUGUCCAUUCGUCUUGUGGGAAUCCGGUUGGCGAGCCUCUCGUUGAUUCAGUUUUUUUUUCUUUUCUCGCCGCUUAGGUGAAACAGAAACACACGUGGGGCCAACCGACUGGUUCUGCCGGUUUUGGGUGGACCAACCAAACACCGUGGGAAUAUGUUCGGUAGAUGAGAAAAUUUUUUUGAACCCGGUGAAAGAGAACUCCGCUGGUUACCAUUUUUGUGAAAAAAAAAAUUUCGAUACUUCAAAGUGCGCUCCAACGAACAAUGUCCCUGAUUGGAUUGGAUGAAAGAUAAUGAGACCAAUCAGAGAUUUUUUCGGUAGAGCGAAACUUUGAUGUUCGAAAAAAUUAGGACUCAUUUUAGUUUUUGCACUUACAUAGCUUGCUGCGAAAGUUCACCGAUUACUGUAGAAGACACUUUUAAGCUUUUCCUGUCAAGACCAUCAAUUUGAAGUAUUAGGAUUAUUUCUUGAUUGAUAAAGAAAAAUAUUUAUCUGGAAAAAAAUAAUUUUGAAAACCAAGAUUUGAAGUUUAAAUUGACCCGCAAAGCGACGGAAACGCGUUGAGCCAUUCUAACUGCGACCGGAAGUUGGGCCAUCGGAACAGUGAAAAAAAUUAAAUGAAUAUUGAAUGAAUAAUUUUCAAAAAUUUAUCAUUUUUAGAUCGUGAAGUACAAAGGCGAGUAUAAUGCGGAACACCCGACUAUCCUCGCGUUUUGGGAGGCUUUCUUCCAGUUGACGCUGGAGGAACGAAAAGUUGGUGACUUUCUGGAGAUCUCAAUACAUUUCUGACUUCAGAAGUUCCUACAGUUCGUGUCUGGAACGACCCGACUUCCGGUGGCCGGAAUGUCGGCGUUCGAAAUGGGUAUACAGCCGACCUCAGAAAAGGUUUGUUUUUAUGGAGCUUUCUAAGAAAACUUUUUGAAAUAUUAAAACCAGUUGAAAACUUUGAGUAAUAAAAAAACUAUUUGGUAAUAUUUGGUCGCUCGUAAAAUUGUUUGGGCGGUUCGAAGCUGAUUCGAUUCUCAAGCUUGCCAUUCCAAAUGCGACGAAAAGAUUUCAAAUUACUAUAUGUAUUCUAAGACGUCUUGAAGGUCCUUAAGGCGCAUUGUAAAGUCUAGAAAUUUCAGAGAUUGAAAAAAAACGUUUAUUUUUGAUACAAAGGAUUCAGAAGUUUCGAAAGUAAAAUUUUUUGAGAAAAUAAAUGUUUUUAAGGCUCUACCGGUGGCCCACACGUGCUUCAACCUCCUGGAUCUGCCGAAGAUUGACGACGUCGAAGAGUUGCUCCGUCGUCUGCGUAUCUCCAUAGAGCACACUCAAGGAUUCACACUCGUUUAA